AUGAAGUCAAUGCGUUGUUCGUAUAGAAAUGGUCGAUUUGAUGACCAGUACACCUUGGAUCUAGAAGGAUUUAUGACUCGUCAAGAAUUUGCGGGUGUCAUGCAUGCUUUCAAUGCUGCCGCUCAACGUCAUCCCCCACCGCCAUCAUUUACGUCAGGGCGGAUGGCUACUUUGAUUCUUUGUACGGGUGCAAGCAUCUUGUGCUCUGUGGGUCUUGCCAUUUACUAUACGCAUCAUAUUGCAUUGCUAUUGGGUAUCCCGUUUUCAUUCGUUGCCCUUAGUAGUAUCCUCGUAGCAUGGCGUCGGAGGCUCAAGGUUCAGUUUGAAAGUGCUAUUCUACAUUUAUGCGCUUGCAUGAAUGCAACUGAGAAUAUCCGGGGCAUAAAUUAUCGUCUUUGCAAGGCACCACCACCAUCACCAUCACCUCCUGAUUAUCUUCCACAGCAGCAGCAACAACAUUCGCCCCAUGGUAUAACUCCUCCUCCACCACCACCUCCUCAUCUUGCUGUUCAAUCCAUCUAUGGCAUUGUCAUUGAAUUUGAUGAUCGAUACAAUUUGCUUCAUCAUUUUGCAAUCUCAGCUCAGGGCGUUGGCAACAAUGGUGUCACCAUGAUGAACAGCAGCAGCAGCAAUGGUGGUGGAUUGCCACCUUACAGACCUUCUCUUGUCGUGGUAGCUGAUCCCCCUACCUACCGCCAAUCCCAAGCCGGUCUUCCAUUGCCGUCUCAUGCCUACCAUCCUGACGAGAAACUUUAA